GAGUGAGCAUCGGUUCGGUGGCGAUGAGAAGAGAUGGCAGGCGAUAAAAUUCGCUCUCACUGUGCCCAAGAUUAAGGAUGCAGAUUAAAGAUAACCUUUGGGAUAUUUUCCUAUAAUUUUUGUUUGUUUUUCCUGCCAAUGUGCUAUGAUCUCCGCCGUGCUCGCGGGCACCACCCCUCCACACGUACCCGUCUAUCUCUGAGCUGUCAAUCAUAUCACGCCGGGAUUUCUACAUGUGAGUGCAUGGCGCGCCGGGCAGGGCGGAUCUGCUCACGGAUGAAAGGUCCACCAUCAUUUUAUCAUUUCAAUCACUCUGAUUAGCGACACUGUCCUAUAGCGUUGUCCAGACCACAGAGCGGGGAAGAUGAUGUGCGAGGUGAUGCCGACCAUCAACGAGGGAGACUCGGCUGGUCCUCCCAGAGGCACCGGCGGCGUCCCGAACGGCUCGGACCAAGAGGCCAACUUCGAGCAACUGAUGGUCAACAUGCUGGACGAGAGGGACAAAUUGCUGGAGUCCCUCAGGGAGACUCAGGAGACCCUCAUUCUGUCUCAGACUAAGCUGCAGGGGGCGCUACACGAGAGGGACGUGCUCCAGCGGCAGAUCAACGCCGCGCUACCUCAGGAGUUUGCCACCCUGACGAAGGAACUGAACAUAUGCCGGGAGCAGCUACUGGAGAAAGAGGAGGAAAUAUCUGAGCUGAAAGCUGAAAGGAACAACACCAGGCUACUGUUGGAGCACCUGGAGUGUCUGGUGUCUCGUCACGAACGCAGUCUGAGGAUGACAGUGGUGAAGAGACAGGCACCCCCACCAUCUGGAGUCUCCAGCGAGGUGGAGGUCCUCAAAGCCCUGAAAUCACUGUUUGAACACCACAAGGCUCUGGAUGAAAAGGUACGUGAGAGGCUUCUGGCUCUGGAGAGGGUGUCCACCCUGGAGGGACAAUUAGCUUCUAACACACAAGAGUUGAACAUGGUGAGACAAAGGAAGGAUGGUGACUCAUUGGAGCGAACAGAUGGAUCCAAACCUACAUGGAAGAGACUGCCCAACGGCUCCAUAGAUGCUCACGAUGAUGGCAGCCGGGUGUCCGAGCUUCAGGAGCUGCUGGAUCGGACCAAUAAGGAGCUGGCCCAGAGCUGUGAGCACUCUGCCACUCUCAACAGCCGGAUGGCCGACCUCGAGGCAGAGCUUGCAAAUGCACGGCGAGAACUGAGCCGCAGCGAGGAGCUGUCAAUCAAACAACAAAGGGAACAGAGAGAGAGAGAGGACAUGGAGGAAAGGAUAACAACAUUAGAGAAACGCUACCUGGCUGCUCAGCGGGAGACCACACACAUCCACGACCUCAACGACAAACUGGAGAAUGAACUGGCUACCAAGGACUCCCUGCAUCGACAGAGCGAGGAGAAGGUGCGCCAGCUGCAGGAGAUGCUGGAGAUGGCAGAGCAGAGGCUGGCUCAGACCAUGAGGAAGGCUGAGACACUGCCAGAGGUGGAGGCUGAGCUGGCACAGAGAGUGGCAGCACUUUCCAAGGCUGAGGAGCGCCACGGCAACGUGGAAGAGCGGCUCAGACAGCUGGAGUCACAACUGGAGGAGAAGAACCAAGAGCUAGGAAGGGCUCGUCAAAGAGAGAAAAUGAAUGAGGAACACAACAAACGUUUGUCUGACACCGUGGAUCGUCUGCUCACUGAGUCCAAUGAAAGACUGCAGCUCCAUUUGAAAGAACGCAUGGCUGCCCUGGAGGACAAGAACUCCCUUAUUCAGGACCUCGAGAACUGCCAGAAACAGCUUGAAGAAUUCCAUCACACCAGGGAACGGCUGAUUGGAGAGAUUGAGAAGUUAAGAAAUGAGAUUGACCACUUGAAACGCCGCAGUGGGGCAUUUGGAGAUGGAACUCACCCUCGGUCUCACCUGGGUAGCUCCAGCGACCUACGCUUCUCUGUGGUGGAGGGCCAAGAUGGCCACUACAGCACAACAGUGAUCAGGCGGGCACAGAAGGGCAGAAUGUCAGCACUACGAGACGACCCAAACAAGGACUACCCAUCUCUGCGUGGGAGCGUCAGCCACCUCCUCGGCAGCGACAUCGAAGCAGAGUCAGACUUGGAUGACGACGUUAGCUCGACUCUGCUUUCCCCCAGCGGCCAAUCUGACGCUCAGACUCUCGCUCUGAUGCUGCAAGAGCAGCUCGACGCUAUCAAUGAAGAGAUAAGGAUGAUCCAGGUGGAGAGAGAGUCAGCAGACCUCCGAUCUGACGAGAUUGAGUCUCGCGUGAACAGCGGUAGCAUGGACGGACUCAAUGUGACACUUCGACCCCGGGCGCUACCCACCUCCGCCACCGCACAGUCCCUGGCAUCAUCCACCUCCCCCCCAAACAGCGGCCACUCCACACCAAAGCACCACUCACGCAACGCCAGCCACCAUCUAGGCAUCAUGACUCUGCCAAGUGACUUGAGGAAACACCGCAGGAAAGUAGCAUCUCCAGUGGAAGUGGACAAAGCUACUAUCAAGUGUGAGACAUCGCCUCCCUCGUCCCCCCGCAGUUUACGGCUAGAAACCAAUUUUGCUCAGUUCACAGGCAGUCUCGAGGACGGCCGAGGCAAGCAGAAGAAAGGCAUCAAGUCAUCUAUUGGCCGAUUGUUUGGGAAGAAGGAGAAGGGUCGAAUGGAGCAGACUGUAGGCAGGGAAGGACAGCCUCUACCAGCCUUAACAGACUUUGAGAUGGGCAUUGGUGACACUAUGACUCUGGGAAAACUGGGCACACAGGCUGAGAGGGAUCGCAGGAUGAAGAAAAAACAUGAGCUUCUGGAAGACGCCAGGAAAAGAGGCCUGCCAUUUGCCCAUUGGGACGGUCCUACUGUUGUCUCCUGGCUAGAGCUGUGGGUGGGUAUGCCAGCGUGGUAUGUGGCAGCCUGUCGUGCCAACGUGAAGAGCGGAGCCAUCAUGUCAGCUCUGUCCGACACAGAGAUUCAGAGGGAGAUUGGCAUCAGCAAUCCUCUGCACCGACUCAAACUUCGCUUGGCCAUCCAGGAGAUGGUGUCGCUCACCAGCCCGUCUGCACCACUUACCUCCAGAACGUCCUCCGGAAAUGUUUGGGUGACUCAUGAAGAGAUGGAGAACCUGGCUUCCUCCACUAAAGCGGACAAUGAGGAGGGCAGCUGGGCACAGACUCUGGCGUAUGGCGAUAUGAAUCACGAGUGGAUAGGGAACGAGUGGCUGCCCAGCCUCGGCCUGCCUCAGUACCGCUCCUACUUUAUGGAGUGUCUGGUGGACGCUCGCAUGCUGGACCACUUGACCAAGAAGGACCUGAGGAGCCACCUCAAGAUGGUGGACAGCUUCCAUAGGGCUAGUCUGCAGUAUGGGAUUAUGUGCUUGAAGAGACUCAAUUAUGACAGGAAAGACCUGGAUCACCGGAGAGAGGCCAGCCAACACGACAUGAAAGAUGUGUUGGUUUGGACCAAUGAGCAGGUGAUCCACUGGGUCCUGUCCAUUGGUUUGAGGGAGUAUAGCAGCAACCUGUUGGAGAGCGGUGUCCACGGAGCGCUACUCUCUCUGGACGAGACCUUUGACUACAGCAGCCUAGCCCUCAUCCUGCAAAUCCCUAUGCAGAACACACAGGCGCGGCAGGUUCUGGAGAGGGAGUUCAACAACCUGUUAGCCUUGGGGACCGACCGUCGACUGGAGGAGAGUGGGGAUGACAAGUCUUUUCGACGCUCUCCAUCGUGGCGCAAGAGGUUUCGAGCACGUGAGGGAGGGGUUGGGCUGGGCAUGAUGGCGGGCUCCAUGGAAACGCUGCCUGCUGGCUUUCGCAUGCCUUCCAUGUCCAUGCCGCCCUCUGCUCAUUUAAUGCCCAAGAAACAGCUCCAGCCUGAAGUGCAUUCUCAUUACCUAUACGGACACAUGCUUGCGGCCUUUUGAGAGUGAUAUGCCAAAUCUGGAGAGGGAGUCCUGGGUGCCACUUGAGAGUGCUCUUCUUCCCUUUGUGGCCCGGCCUCACCUCCCAUCUUUCACCUCUCAUCUCUCCUUCGGACACGUGCAAUACAGAGGCCAACUCUGACCUUUGAACUCUUGAGAGUGCUCAUUGGCUGCGCUCGCUGCUGUAAAGGAGACUCCCAGUUUACCCCAGUGCUCCCAGUAGCCUCGUUGUUGUGGUGUUGUGCUUCUGCUCCCCUGGUCUCAGCUGUGGGUUCUUGUCCUGAUUCUUAUCUCUUAACAUGGUCAAGUCCAAACCAAUUUUCCAGUGUCAUCAUGUCCAAGGAAACACAAUAGUUGGUUAGUGUAAAAAAAGAUUUAAAGGAAUGGUGACAAGUUGUUGAUUUGGACUUGGGAAUGAUGAAUACUUGUAUAAAUGGCAGAUCCCACUGCACAUUGCCCCUCCUACCGGUUAUGCAAGGUAUUAAUAAUUUAUUGUCUUUGUACAUAAAAUCAAUGACUUAUGUUUUUUAUAGAAAUAUUAUAUAUAUAGUAUAUAUAUAUAUUGGAAAUAUAUAUGGAAAUGAAUACAAUAUAAUUGCUGUAUGAAACCCAAUGCCCUGUAUUCAAUAGUGACUGUUCGCUCUCUCUUUCUCUUUCUUUCUCUUUAUCUCUGUGUCGGACCUUUGUGUGUCUUUUGCUGUAUGCUGUAAGUGUGUGAAUCGUUAGUGGGAGGGUCUCACUAAGGAGGGGGUGUGUUUCUACAAAGACCCUUCACAGGUUCAUGGGUCCAAUUUCAGACUUCUUCAGACUCUCUUUGCCUCUUCUCCUGUUCUUUCCUUUUCCCACCUCUUUCUCUCUUGACACUAUGUAGCUGUUAUCUCUCCUCUUUUUGCCUCUCUCGCCUUCAGUAUGACACUAUGUAGCCUAGAAUAGAGAGAAUCCUUUAAUAUAAAAAGUGUGUGUGUGAGUGAGUGAACAAAUGAGUCUCUCUGCUUGAGACUUGUAGAGAAAUUGCGUGUGAGAGGACGACCCCAGCCGGGUAACCAUGACUUUUCUCUGUGGAUGGGUAGUGUGAACACUGUAGCUCCUCUUGUUGAUUCCUUACUUUCUCUCAAAUCAAACUGUAAACUGCUGCUCAACAUCAGCCAAUGAUAUACACGUAAAACUGCUCAGUGUGACGGACUCUUCUAAUCCUGUCCCACCUCCCAUUUAGUUGCCAUGGAGACGUGCCGGUGAGCAGUCAGUGCUCUCAGCUGACCAACUCUUCAUCCAAUGAGAACACAGAAUAUGGACCAGUAAAGUGCUGGAUGCGUGUACAAUUAUUAUAAUUUUUUUAGAGUUUUUCCAAGGUGUCUAAAAGGUGUAAUGUGCUAUGUGGCAGCUAUGAGUACUGUGUCUUUAUUCCAGGUGUGAAACAAUGCUGACAAAUCAAGAUUUUAUUAUUUGGCUAUUCAAAAAAGUGAACUGUAUUUAUGACACUAUAUAGACAUAAGUAAAGCUGUUUUUU